UGCCUCUUUCAGUCACAGCCUGGGCGCUCCUAGCCGUUACAUACCGUGGGUGUUGCUCUUGUCGUGGUGGAGCUUCCCGGUGGUCGUGGCGGGGCUCGGGGGUCGCGGUUUACUGGGGUUUCGCGACAUUUCGCUGUCAUGGGCUGCACGGUGAGCGCCGAGGACAAAGCGGCGGCCGAAAGGUCGAAAAUUAUUGAUAAGAACCUGCGGGAGGAUGGAAUCAAGGCAUCCCGGGAGGUCAAACUGCUGCUGCUGGGUGCGGGAGAGUCUGGGAAGAGUACGAUUGUCAAGCAGAUGAAGAUUAUCCAUGAGGAUGGUUACUCAGAAGAAGAGUGUCGGCAAUACCGUGCUGUGGUCUACAGCAACACCAUCCAGUCUAUCAUGGCUAUAAUCAAGGCCAUGGGCAAUCUCAAGAUUGAUUUUGAAGACACAGCUCGAGCGGAUGAUGCCAGGCAGCUUUUUGCCCUGUCGUGCACAGCAGAGGAGCAGGGUAUACUCCCAGAGGACCUAUCUGGGGUGAUCCGAAGACUGUGGUCAGACCAGGGAGUACAGGCCUGCUUUAAUCGCUCCCGGGAGUACCAGCUUAAUGACUCCGCUGCAUACUAUCUCAAUGAUCUGGAGAGAAUCGCCCGGUCAGACUAUGUGCCCACCCAGCAGGAUGUCCUGAGGACGAGGGUGAAAACCACAGGAAUAGUAGAGACCCACUUUACCUUUAAGGAUCUGCACUUCAAGAUGUUUGAUGUCGGGGGACAGCGCUCUGAGAGAAAGAAGUGGAUUCAUUGUUUUGAGGGAGUGACGGCCAUUAUAUUCUGUGUGGCUCUCAGUGCCUAUGACUUGGUUCUGGCCGAAGAUGAGGAGAUGAAUCGGAUGCACGAGAGUAUGAAGUUAUUUGACAGCAUCUGCAAUAACAAGUGGUUCACAGAGACGUCCAUUAUUCUCUUCCUCAACAAGAAAGAUCUGUUUGAGGAGAAGAUUGUACACAGUCCCCUGACCAUCUGCUUCCCAGAGUACACAGGCGCUAACCAGUAUGAUGAGGCUGCUUCUUACAUCCAGAGUAAAUUUGAAGAUCUGAACAAACGCCGUGACACCAAGGAGAUUUAUACGCACUUUACGUGUGCAACCGACACCAAGAACGUACAGUUUGUCUUUGAUGCUGUGACAGAUGUGAUCAUAAAGAACAACCUGAAGGAUUGUGGUCUCUUCUAACCUUGAGGUUGCAUCACUGUCAGCAGAAUGGGAAGGGGAAGAUCGACCCCUUGUGGUUUUUACAGUUUUUAUCGAGUUUGUUGCAUUUUGUAAUUAUUAACCUUUCCUCUGCUGGAUCAAAGACUGGCCAAGCAGAAAAAGAACUCUAAAACAUGGCGCCUUGGAUCCUGCUAUGUGGAAUUAGCCUUUCAAAUGCAUACAUCAGGAGUUUUAGUUAACUUGCUGGCGUAUUUAACCCCUCUGCUGCCAGAAAAAACUCUUGUGUGACUUGUAUCACUGUUUCUGGCUCCAAAUGGGUUAAAGUAAGUCUAUUUUCUUACUUAAAAUACAGGGGAAUUAUAACCCAUAUAGGGAUUGUGAAUAUACAACUGUUCAUGUUUAAUAAUUGCCUGGGCCGCCAUUUGAUAACAUGACAAAUCUCGUGCCUACAGUCUGCUCAGGUGUGUUUGGGCAUAACAAAUUUAUUGGUAAUUAACCCUUUGGUUCCAUAGGAUAAACAUUUGCUGAAUGUGAAAUUAUAUAAGCCCAGGUAGCAGCCAAAGGUUUUAUCUGUUUCUAGACUGUUGGCUUUGAGUUAAUAUUUAUGCCUGCUACUAGGUCCUGUAUAUCUGGACCCGCACUGAAGAGGUCCUGCUUAAAACCAGGUUCAUUUUUUUUUUUUUUUUUUGCUCUGCUUCUGUAUUUUAACAGUUCCAGCUUAAAGGGUUGCCUCUGGCAGAGGAAUAGCUAACAUCAGCCACUCCUGCAAGCUGCAGCCAUAGUAAAACAUAAGACACGGGGACUGCACUCUUAAUGCUGAAAUAUCUGAACCCCCAAGACCUGUAAACUCACAUUCCUUUUUUAAAAAAUAAAUUUGUACUAAAAUGGAAAGAGAAUAUUAAAACGGUUAGGAUUGUUAGCUGGGGGUUAAAAAUUGAAUCUGUUAGGGCAGGAGAGAAAUAUUUAUAUGAUGUCUCCUGUCCUAGAAGACUCUACCGGUAGAUUUUGUGCCUUCAGCUAUAUUGUGUGUUUUCUUUUUUAUAUAUAUAUAUAUUAUUUGUUUUAUUAACUAUUGUAACUUUAUCCCUGCUUGCAGCAGGUUAAGAGAUGCCUCACUUUUCCAUUUUUUAUUUUGCUCCGCCCCCUCCUCUGUCUCCCCUAUCUCUACUCACACUGCUCCCCUCCCCCACCCCCGGAACCUUUAUGUCUCUGCUUUUUGUCUAUAGACUCCUCUUCAUUCCAGAGUCCAUACUCCAUCCCCUAUAUUCCUAAAUAAUAUGUACAGCCUGGCACAUAUAGCUUGGACCAAAGGGUGCAAGUUUGCUCUCCAGGGUUACUUUUUCUUCUGAUUUUAGGCAACUAGAAGCUUAGCAAGAAAAAAAAAAGGGAUGCGACAAUGGGAAUGGCAUAGGGGUGGACUGGGAACAUGUAGUAGUUGGUGUCUGAUGACAGGAAAAGGUUUGAGUGUCUCUUAAGUAGGCUAGGCCCAGAAUUAUAGUGCCCAGGGACAUUCCACGAGAUAAGGACCAAAAUAAAGAUCAGAGCUUGACAAAUCCUAGGAAACGUAUGUUCCUAAUUAUUUUUUUAGGCAGUAAUGAAUUUCUAUGAAUGUACUUUCUCCCUGGCACUUCUUAGUGAUGUGUUUAACAGCGCAAACAGCAACUACUUACCAUGAUGGGAUAGACCGUAUAAGAGAAACCAGCAGUGCUGUCAUCUGAGCCCACUCAACCCCUACUUAUUAGUGAUGUGUGACUGUGGAGGAGCGGGAGAUAUCCCAUACACUAUGAUUCCACAUGUGAGAGGGGUGUGUUGUACAUCGCUUCUGAACGCGCAGAGGCAGCACUGCGUAUCUGCCUGUCUUAUUGUUUUCCCUUUCAAAUUGUUCACAAAGUUUUAAAUAAUAAAAUGUAGAAAGUGA